UAUUCACAACGCAUGCGUGUGACCCUUUCCCCACGUGAAAAAUUGCAUGGUGAAACAUCAAUGUCAUUCCUAGUCUACAACAAGUGAAGAGAAAAUGUCUUGGUUAUUUGGUGGAAAGAAUCCACCACAGAAUGCCGGAGGCUUCCCUCAGAUCCCAUUGCCUCCCCCAGACGGCUCAGAUGGCGGAGAUAAAGGGAAAAAAUCGCAAAUGGAAUACUCUUUUGACUCGUCGGCACUGGAGCGAGCUGCAAAAGCGGCCAAGGAGCUAGAAAAUUCAAAACAUGCGAAGGAGUCUUUGUUGCUGAUUCAGGAACAGGAGAGGACAAAAGCUCUUGAGUCACAAAAGCAAAUCAAGGAAUAUGAAGCUCACUUGGAACAGCUUAAACUGGAGCAGACGCGUGUGGCUGGAGAGGAGAAGAGGAAGAUCCUGGCAGAGGAGACGAAACAGCAGCAGUACAGAGCCCAGUAUGAUGAUCAGCUGGCUAGAAAACGCUACGAAGAUCAACUCGCUCAGCAGGCUCGAAUGAAUGAAGAGAAUCUUCGAAAGCAGGAAGAAUCUGUCCAAAAACAAGAACAGCUAAGAUUAGCAUCAAUGCAGAAAGAGGCGGAAAUACGCCACAAGCACGACAUGAUGAGAAUUGAGGCAGAGAUGAAAGGCAGGGCCAAAGUGGAGAGGGAGAACAAAGACAUCAUCAGAGAGCAAAUAAAGCUGAAGGCAGAGGAAAAGAGGAAGACAACACUAGAAUCUAUCACCACUAUCGGUUCUGUUCUUGGGUCUGGGAUGUCCACAUUUCUGAACAACUGGAACAUGAUCACUGCUUUUGCUGGAGGUGCCACUCUUAUCGUGGUUGGCUACUAUGGUGCCAAGCACAGCAUUGGCCUGGUAGCUCGGUCCAUUGAAGCCAGAUUGGGAAAGCCUUCUCUUGUUAGAGAAACGUCACGUUUUACCGUGAGCGAGGCUUUGAAGCACCCGAUACGCACUGUACAGACAAUGGUUCGUAAACCAGAGGAUGCUCUGAAAGGCAUUAUUUUAAAGCCAACUUUGGAAGAAAAACUGCGUGAUGUUGCCAUUGCAACGAGACACACUAAGAAAAAUAAUGGUUAUUUCCGUAAUAUCCUUAUGUAUGGUCCCCCAGGAACUGGAAAAACCAUGUUUGCUAAGAGUUUAGCAAAGCACUCAGGUAUGCACUACGCUAUCAUGACGGGAGGUGAUGUAGCACCAAUGGGAAAGGAGGGUGUCACUGCCAUGCACAAAGUGUUUGACUGGGCACACACCAGUAGGAAAGGCGUGGUACUGUUUGUUGAUGAAGCAGAUGCCUUCCUUAGGAAAAGAAGUACAGAAGUGAUCAGUGAAGACAUGAGAGCAACUUUAAAUGCGUUCCUCUACCGUACUGGAGAACAAUCUCAAAAGUUCAUGCUGGUCUUAGCGAGUAACCAACCGGAGCAGUUUGACUGGGCCAUCAACGAUCGUGUGGACGAGAUGGUGGAGUUUGAAAUCCCCACCUUCCAGGAACGUGAGAGGCUGAUCCGGCACUACUUCCAGAAGUUUAUCCUGGAGCCUGCCACACAGAAGACUGGGCGCUUGCGAGUUGCAGAAUUUGAUUACGGUCAGAAAUGUGUGGACAUUGCCAAAGAGACAGAGGGCCUCUCAGGCAGAGAGAUUUCCAAGUUGGGAGUCGCAUGGCAGGCCCGUGCUUACGCCUCGGAGGAUGGUAUUCUGACCAUUCCCAUGAUGGACGACAUUGUCAAGGACGCCAUCGAGCAGCACGCCAAGAAAGUGGCCUGGCAGCAUGGGGAGGAGACCUCCGACGUCUUCUACAGGACCAGCAAAGACAGGCUGUUGUCGAACAUGCCGCCACCUACAUCUGCUUCGGCGGCACCCUCGUCAGCGGCUCCGUCUCCGUCAAAACCAGCGCCAUCUUCUCCCAGCAACCCUCCACAGAAACCUGGUGGCAAGGGCAAUAUAUCCUAAGGGUUGGGUGUGAUAACUAAAUUAUGAGAGUCGUCGUCGGAAGUAGUUUUUUUAUAUGUGUUUUUAUGAGUGUGAGGUGUACUGCUCUAGUUUAAGGUAGGCCUACCAGUAUUCCAGUGUUGAUGAAAUGUUUUGUCAGAAAGAUUUGUUCAGUAUGAACUGGUGUGGGUGUUCAUGUCCUGAAGCUGGAAAUGUGAUUGCAGUCUGGGUGUGAAUCCUGGGCUUUCAUAGGCACUGCCUUUAACACUUUGCAGUCACAUAGCCUGCAGUACAAAACACCCCAUCCGGUCACCCAACCAGGAGAGUGACUACAACAGACUUCUCGGGCCUGGCGCAGCGCCAGGUGACCGUAAAGUGUCAGUGACUCUUCAUUUUUCAGAACUAACAGAAUUGGUUCUCUUGAGUGUCUGAAUGAAAUUCAGAGAAUGCUAACCUGUAUGGCUGAAAGUUGUUGUCUGAAUUUAUAGGGAGAACAAGAGGAUAAAUGUAAUAAUAGAUGCCAGUUGCAACUUUGGUUGUGUGUACUUUGAUAGUAUGUGAAGUUGCAUGGGGUGAUUGUCAGUGAAAAACGUGUGUGUGUGUGUGUGUGUGUGAGUCAUCUUUUGAUGGUGCAUUUGUUUUGGCUCAGUCCUCAUUUGCCUCGUCUUGUGAAACAUGCUUUGUAGGGGGGGGGUUCAGUCAUGUGAUCUGUUGGUAUGGUUGUUGUAUUUGAUUUUGUGUCAACAGAACUUGUGUUGUUGCUGUCUGUCAUCCUUGUUCUCUUCUCGUUGAUAUAUGACUACUGCCGUGCAGACUAAUAGUUAUAGUUAUGGUUGGCAGAUGCUUUGGUGUCGUUUGCUCCUUCUUUUCUAUCAAACAUCUGUCGUCUUUAUCUCUCCUCCUUUUCUUUUUAUGUUACUGUCUAGUAAAAUCUCGAAUGAAUCUUCGGCACUUAUUUAUUCUAUUUGUAAAACUUUUACCAGACUAAUAUAAUAAAGACUUACAGUAAACUAUAAUUCAACUCGGAUAUUUUCCUAUAUCAGACAGUUCUGUAUUGUGUGUACUUUUUAAAAAUCAAAAUAUGUCCCCACAUGUAUAUUAUGGUUGAGUGUGCUUUUUUGUUUGUUUCUUUGUUUCUUUCUUCUUCUUUUUUUCAGUUAUUUCUUUUCGUGUCUUACUUAUAAUGUGGGGGUUUUUUUUAGAUUUGUUAUCCAUUUUAAAAUGACUUUGUUGUUCCACAAAACCCUGUCUUCAUGUUUGUGUGUUUCAACAGGUGUGUUAUGAGUAGAUUGUGUUUUCAGCGUUUUGCUAAGAACGAUGGAUCUGACCCGUCUGGUUCAUACUCUCUGACCCUUAUGUCACUUUAGGCUGCAACUGAUAAGGAAAAAAAGACAAUGCUUAA